AUGUUGAAUUCUUAUACAAACAAAUAAAGAAAGCGAUUUCAAGAGAACAGGACUCGCUACCUUCAAUAAGCUUAGCCUGAUGAAAGUGUUUCUUCAAAUACUGAAUUAGAACCUUAAUAAUAGGAUAUUCGAGUCAGAUUGGAGAGACCUUCAAAAAAGAAGGUUUCAGUUAAGAUUCGUAACUUGGACAUUGAUAGUGAUAUUAUUAAAGAGGAGAAUAGUGAGGAUUAUGCAAGUGAGAAAUAAUCUAAAGAUCAAAUCAAUCAUUAAGAAUCUAAUGCAGUACUUAACUUAAUUCCUGAAGAAGAAAUUGACAGUCCUUUCAAAAGUCGAAUAAAUUAAAAUAAAGAAAUUCUUUGGAAAUCUAGUAAUUAAGAAAGUCAAAAUGUAGAAGUGUAAUUAUUUAAUACACCUAAACAACAAUAAGGAGCAGAUUCACCUAAAAUUGAAAAUGCUAUAAAAUCUUAUAAAAAUCUUAAUACUAUGAACAGUCUUUACUCUCCAGUAAAAGCAUCUCAAAAACUCAUAAUAAAUGAUGAUACAAUUUAUCAGCAUUAUAAUAUAUUUUAAAGAUUAUUCCUUUAUCAUAUAUUUUGUUAUAUGAAACAAAUGAAAAAAUUCAUUGAAUCAUCCACUUAAAAAAUUAGUGUGGCUCAUUUACCAAAACAAGCCUAUAGAGAUUCAAUUUAAUAUAAUUUAAAAAGAGUAUAUGAGUAAAUUAAAAAAAAUGUAAAUAUUUUAUUGAAUAUUCUUAGGAUUUAUAUAAUUUUAAUAAUAGAGCUCUCUUUAAAUUAUUUUUCUGGUAAGACAAUAAGUAUGUCACAAUGAUGAUAGUAAUUCUUGCUAUGUUUGAGACUUAUUCAAGAUUUGUUAUGGCAAUUCUGACUGAAACCUUGAUUUCUGCAAUAACAGAAAAUGAUAUGAGUAGUGCCUAUUUACAGGCUACUGCUCUAGCAAUACUUUCAUUGCUUGCCUUAAUGAGUAAACAUUAAUAAUAGUAUAAAAUAAAAACAUUAUUUAGGUACUUGAUAAGUAAUUUUGCAACAAAAAUAAGGAUGGUUUUUAUAAAUUUAAUUUAUGAUAGAAUAAUAGAAUUAAAUUCAACAUAAAUAUCAAUUUUAAAUGUAGGAAAGAUAAUGAAUCUUGUUAGUAGUGAUCUAAAUGUAAUUGAAUAUUAAUUAGCCUUUAUAUAUUAAGUGGCUGUAAUACCAGGAUCAUUAAUAUUUACAUCAAUAAUUUUAUGGGUAUGAAAUUUAUAAAUUUUAGUUAAGAUUUGAUGGUCCUCUAGGAUUGGUUGCUAUUAUAUUUUGUGCCAUUUUGUAUCCUUUAUAAAUACUUAUUUAGAAUAUCAAUAAGAAAUUAUUACUUUAAACAAGAAAAUUAUAAGAUCAAAGAAUUCAGUAAACAAAUACUGUAAUUGAAGGUAUUAAAUAUAUUAAAAUGUAUGUAUGGGAAACAAUAUUUGAAAAUAAGAUCAAUGUUAUAAGAAAAAAAGAAUUUUUCUAAUAUUUAAAUAUUCAUGUUUUAAAUUUAUUAGAUCGUUCUUUCAAUUUUAGUGUACACAUAUGGGGAUCAUUUUGUUUUAUUUUAAUAUUAUAUGCAUGUGAUACUCAUUUAACUAUAUCAACUAUUAUGGGAACAAUUUAAUUAAUGUCUAUGAUCAAAUAUUAUUGCAUAUUUUAAGUAUCCUAUGCUUUUUAGGCUCUUAUGAAUUUCAGUGUAAUAUUUUCAAGAGUGUCUGAAAUACUUAAAUAAUAAUCAAAUAACAUUACUACAAUUGAUCAAUUUAAAACUACUUUUACUACAUAUGAUAUUCAACAUUAACCAAUGCAAUAAUUAUUAAUGGAUAGAACUAGAGGACUCAAUCGUAAAGGCAGUUUGACUUUGUUAUCAACAUCUCUAGUUACUAUAAAUUAAUAUUCUGGUAGAUGGUCAAAGGAUGGUACUCCAGUAAUUAGUUCAAUAAAUUUAGAUAUCAAAUCUGGGGAAAUAAUGGGGAUUGUAGGAAAAGUAGGAGCAGGUAAAUCUACACUUUUAGCAGCAAUACUUUAAGAAUUACCAUAUUAUGAAGGAAGUAUAAUCUAAUCAAAAAAGUUGAAACUUGCAUAUGUUGAACAAGAACCUUUUAUUUAUACAGGGACUAUUAAAGAAAAUAUUUUAUUUGGGAAAGAUUAUGAUUAAGUACUUUACCUUAAAGUAUUGGAAGUGAGUUGUUUAGAUUAAGAUAUUUUAUCUUUUAGACAAGGAGACAAAACAGAAAUAGGUGAAAAAGGAGCUAAUCUAUCAGGAGGAUAAAAGGCAAGAUUAAGUUUGGCAAGAGCAUUAUAUUCAUAAGCUGAUUUAUAUCUUUUUGAUGAUCCUCUAUCUGCAGUUGAUUCAAAAGUAGCUGGGAAAAUAUUUGAUAAUGCAAUAAAAGAUUUUAUUUUUAAAUUUUAACCUAAUUACAGACCUACAUUAAUUAAGACUCAUUAAGCUUUUAUAUAAUAAACACCAGCUGUUAUUUUGGCUACACAUUAAAUUUCAUAUGCAUUAGAAUGUGACUAUGUUGUAAUUAUGGAUGGAGGUAUGAUUACUCAUUAGGGUUAAAAGAAUAAAAUGAAAAAACAUAUUUUGGAAAUCACAAGUGCUCAUACAAGUAAUACAAAUGUUGAUAAUCCAAUAAGAUCUUUAAAAAUUAGAAGACCUAGUAAAUUAAUGGGUAAGGUAGUCAAUUAGAUGUAAAAAUCAAAUAAAGAUGAAAGUUAAACUUUAUAUAUAACUGAAGAUUAAAAUUAAUCUGAUGCUACAUUUGAUACUUAUAAAAGAUAUUUUAGUUAUUGGAAACCAUUUAUUUUAAUAUUUAUUAUAUUAUGCUAAAAUAUAGCAAGUGAAAUAAUUAAUAAUUACUAUUAUAAAGAAAUGGCUUCAUUUGAUGAAGAUAGAUAACGAGAUAAUGAUUAAAUAUUUUACAAUGCAGCUAUUUUAGUACUAGCAGCCUAUUUUAAUAAUAUAAUAAAAUAUUUUUUAAAUAUUUUUGGAGUUCUUACUUCAAAUAAUACUAUUCAUAAUUAAAUGUUAAAAAGAUUAAUCUUAUCACCUAUUACUUAUUUUGAUACUAAUCCAUCUGGAAGAUUAAUCAAUCGCUUUUCAACUGAUUUAUCAUUAGCAGAUACUUAAAUAUAAUAAACAAUUACAGAUAUAUUUGAAUAAGGAUCAUAAUUUUUAGUAUCUCUUGUAACCAUAGCUAUUCUAUAACCAUAUUUUACAUUUGCUGCUAUUUUCACAAUUAUAAGCACAAUUUUAAUUUUUAGAAUAACAAGAUCAGUUGUUUCUUAAUUAAAGAUAUGUGAUUUAAUAUAAAGAUCUCCUUUAUUUGAUUAAUUUAAAAUAACUAUUAAUGGAGUAACUUAAAUAAGAAUAAAUGAGAAUUAAUAAUGGAUUAAGGAAAAAUUUAUUAAAUUAUCUAAUUAAUCCAUGUAGGCUAAUCUAAUAUUUUUGUAUUCAUAAAGAUGUUUUGGAUUUUAUAUAGAUUUAUUUGGUUAAUUUGCUAAUAUAUCUGGAAUCUUUUUAAUUAUAGGAAUGGUAUCUGAUCCUACUAUUUUCUCUUAAGCAUUAUUACUCUUAUCAACUUUCAAUACUUAAGCAGGCACAUUAAGAUAAUUUAUGGCAUUUGAUUCAAUGAUGAAUAGUGUUAAUAGAAUGUUUGAAAUAUGUGAUUUGGAAAUUGAAAAAGAAGAACCAGCAGGUGAAUUAGAAAUUAAAAAUUGGCCAAAGUUUGGUUCUAUUGUCUAUUCUAAUGUUAAAAUGUAAUAUAGAGAGAACACUCCCUUAGUAUUAAAGGGAAUGAACUUUUAAAUAAAAGAUAAAGAGAAAGUUGGAAUAGUUGGAAGAACUGGAGCUGGUAAAUCAUCAGUCAUUUCAAGUCUUUUUAGAUUAAACUCUAUUGAGAAUAGUGGGUAUUUGAUAUGUUGAUAUUAAUUAGUGUAAUCUCAAUAGAUGAUUAAGAUAUUCGCAAAAUUAAUUUAUACAAGUUAAGAAAAGAAAUAAGUAUCAUACCUCAAGUUCCUUUUCUUUUCAAAGGUACAUUGAGAGAGAAUCUAGAUCCUUUUUAAAAUUUUGAUGAUAAAACAUUAUUGAAUGUUUUAUCAGAUACAGGAUUAGAAGGUUUUAUUUAAUAGCUACCAAAUGGUCUCGAACAUUAAAUAGAACCUGAAUAUUUUUCGAUUGGUUAGAAAUAAUUAAUCUGUUUAAGUCGGGUUUUAUUGAAUAAGAAGAAGAUUUUGAUUUUAGAUGAAGCGACUGCAAAUGUUGAUAUGAUGACUGACUUUUUAAUUUAGUAAAUAAUUAAAGAUAAAUUUAAUGAUUGCACAAUAUUUACUAUUGCACAUAGAUUAAAUACAAUAGCAGAUUAUGAUAAAGUUCUAGUUUUAGAAGAUGGUAAAGUACUUGAGGAAGGACAUCCUUAUGAAUUAUUAGUCCAAAAUCGAAAGAUUUCAACAUAUAUAAAUAGUGACUCUGCAUUUGCUAAGAUGGUGCUUCAAACAGGACAUAAGAAUAGUAGCUAAAUAUAUGCAACAGCAAGGAGAAGCUACUUAGAGAAAAAUGAAAUUUAGAGUAAAAGUAAUUGUAAUAGUAAUAUCCUGGAUGUAUCUCUUAGCAGUAUUAAUGAAUUUCACAUUUGA